UUAAUAAAUAAAUAAAUUCACUCAUUGGGAAAGAUGCACGAAGAAGAAGACACUGUUCCUCGUUACGAGGACUCUACCUUCAACCAUACACAAUUUAUACAUGUUUAUGAAAAAUCACCGCAGGGUCCGGUUUGGUUGGGCUGCCAAGCCUGGGCAUUGCGUUGGGCAUCUGAUGCGAUUCGUCCGUUUCCAGAUUGACAUGAAUCUUGCAGUUGGAGAGAGGGAAGGGAACUACACAUAUGAGGUCUUUGUGAGGUGAAUGAACGCGCCGCCUACGAGAGUGGAAUCAAUGCGGGGGAGACUACUUAUUUGCAGGUUUCCGUCUGUGGCCAUUGGAAAACUAAAAUGCCCCAAAAGCAAUUGUCAGUUUCACAACUGCAAUCAAAGCUCUCUCUCUCUCACUGACGUUGGAUUCAAAAACACGCCGUACUGCGUCUGAUGCGCAGGCUUAAGCUGACAUAUCUUCGUUUCCUGAAAGAGAUUUGCUUCUCUUCGCAAAGAUUUUCUGCUGCUAGGCUGCAAAUUUCUACUGUUUCCUACAUGUAUGCACAUGGAAAGAGAGAUGCAGAGCUUCAAACCAGACAUGUACUGUCAAUCCCUCUUCUACCCGAGAGGCGAUGAGGGCAGCCAAAACCAGGUGCGUUUAGUGGACAUUGUAGAGCUUGAACAUUCCUCGGGGUUUCAUCAGGAAGAGGCUACUGAUUUAAGCCCAGGCUCCAUCUACAAUGUGAAAGCAAGCAAUGUUUCUGUUCUUUCCAAUAACUUGCACUUUGGUGGCUUGAGCUCGAAAGGCACUGGUACAGUGGCGGGUGGGGGUGGUGGGGCUUUGGCAAACUGGGGUUUUGACAACUGGGGAGACUCUGGAUUGGCAGACAAUAGCCAGCAGACUGACACUUCCACAGAUGUUGACACUGAUGAUAAAAACCAGCAUGGAGCACUCAUGGUCAUGGAUUCUAUGGAUCAAUCCAAGGGAAGGACAGGUGACCAGAAGAUGCUUCGUCGUCUGGCUCAGAAUCGUGAAGCUGCACGGAAGAGUCGUCUAAGGAAGAAAGCAUACAUUCAACAGCUGGAGAGUAGUCGGAUUAAGCUUUCGCAACUGGAGCAGGAGCUUCAACGAGCACGUCAGCAGGGUAUUUUUAUUGUUACUGGAUUAUCUGGAGAUCAGAAUCACUCAAUAGGUGGCAAUGGGGCCUCAGCAUUUGACAUGGAUUAUGCACGCUGGCUUGAUGAACACCAGCGGUUUAUCAAUGAUCUGAGAUCAGCUGUAAAUUCUAAUCUGGAUGACAAAGAACUGUGUCUUCUUGUUGAUGGAGUAAUGUCACAUUAUAAUGAUAUAUUCAGGUUGAAGAGCAUUGCUGCAAAAUCUGAUGUAUUUCACAUUCUGUCGGGCAUGUGGAAAACUCCUGCCGAGAGAUGCUUCAUGUGGUUAGGUGGAUUUCGUCCGUCUGAACUUCUCAAGAUUCUUGGGAGCCAUCUUGAACCUUUAACAGAUGAACAGUUGAUGGGCUUAUGUAAUCUACAGCAAUCAUCUCAACAGGCAGAAGAUGCAUUGUCUCAAGGAAUGGAAGCUUUACAACAGUCCCUUCUCGAUACCUUAUCCUCCACCUGUAUGGGACCUGCUGGUUCUGGAAAUGUAGCUGAUUAUAUGGGACAAAUGGCGAUCGCAAUGGGCAAGCUUGCCACACUCGAGAACUUCCUUCAUCAGGCUGAUCUUCUGAGGCAACAGACUUUGCAACGAAUGCACCGGAUUUUGACCACCCAUCAAGCAGCUCGGGCACUUCUUGUCGUCAGUGAUUUUAUGUCUCGUUUACGAGCCCUCAGUUCUUUAUGGCUAGCACGACCCAAGGAAUGAGCUGCCAGAUUUUAGCAUCAAUGCUUUUAAAAUAAUUAAUCAGGUACUUGCUGUCAAUCAGAAACCAUCAGAUGCAUGUGGCUAUGCAACACAAAGAUGGUGAACUCAAACAACACUGCAAAGUGACCCGGCUUUCCUUUGUUAGUCGGUAUAGGUAAUGUCUGCAUUGCGGGGUUGAAGCCAUGCAUAAUAGUGGUAGUUUUAAGGAGUAACUAGUAUUUAAGUCGUAAUAGAGAAUGUUGCUAGAACGGCCUUCUAAUGCAAUGUUGGCCAUAGUCUGAGCACCGCAAAUAUGAACAUUUCGUGGUGACUAACAAACUAUCACGUUCAGUGUACUUGACUUUUGUGUCAUUGCUUCGUAUUAACCUGUCCUGAAUCUGUGUAAACUAGCAUUCAUGUCAUGUUAUACGAAGAUAUAGUCUAGCUGUUGUUAA